AUGUUACCAGAAGGCUUUACGACAAUCAGACUCGAAAACCACAAUGAUUCCAAAAUACGACGAUCUGUUCUUGACCGUACUGAAAGGGAAUAUGAUCGAGUUCUCGAGUACUUUGAUAUCUUUGUCGAAAAUCACGCAGGCGCUGUUUCGCCGCCAGAUAUCCGGACUUAUAAAGGUUUUAUGGAAUUCCUAGGGAGGAAUUUAAAAGGGCGCCUUAGUAAAGGCGGGACUCCAGUUUUGAGUACCCUUGACGGAAUGAGGAGAGAUCUGGACGCAGGCCUUGCCCGCCGGCGGGACUAUCAUGUUCCAGAACAUUGGAUGAAGAAGGAUCUCAAGCGACUAUUGAAUAUACCUGAUAUCCAAAUGUCAAGAGAUGGGUUCUCUCGGAACGAUCUCAGAAUUGUCCAAAGGUACCUGUGGUGCCAGGACUCUUAUGAGUACCGUGGCGUGUACCCAGAGAGGUCUAGAGUGGAACUCAGCAUAUCUAUGCUGCUGUACUGUUUUACAUCGGCUAGGACAGGUGAGGUAUACGAGUCUACAGCUCGUCGAAGUUUGGCCCGGGAGUAUGACGGUUCCGAAGUAGAAAAGAAUUUACGCGCAGCUGUCAUGGCAGCAUGCUACAAGCACUUUCACCUUAGUAUCGAGUGGGUUGGAGGUGAAGUCAUGCUUGUUCUCAACUACGACCGAGACUAUUUGAAAGGGUUCUGGAGAAAGCAGCAAUCUGACCUCCCAGUACACGGCUUCUAUGAGAAAUAUACAGAAGAGAUCCCGCUUUUACUGAACCUUCUAACAUUUUUCCUUCCUUUGGCCUCAGCUGACCAGGCCUUCCGUGACUAUAAGUCCGCGGAUGAGAUCUUGGACAGAGUAGACUUACUAGAUGCUACUCUCCAAGAAGGGGAUCAAAAGUCUAUUGAUACUAUCCAUUUCAAGCCGCAUAUAUUGAACAUGCCGGUUUUUCGCCCACGCGAUGAGCAAAAUAUCGCGGACUCGACUGGGAGAUCAAGAGGAGCCGAUGCCUUUGGUAAAAUGUUUGCGGCGCUUGGUCACCGAGCAGGCUAUCCGGAUAAUAUAACUGUCCGGGCAUGUCGCCGAUCAGCACUUAUGGAGGCUGACAAGUAUCACUCAGAAACAGCGCGUAUGAAGUUCUCUGGACAAUCAAGGCGAGAUACUUUCGGAAAGUCCUACGCUCAUCGAGUUGUUGAGGUAGAUGGGGCGGCUUCCUUUCUUGGAAUAAAAAGCCGACGUGAUCACAUUGAGAACAACCGCAGUAUGGGUGCUCGUCGUAACCCUCAGCUUUACCAGUCCUUGCCGGCUAAAGAACAAAUUAAGUUCCAAAACCGUGAGGACAUUGUUCGACUUGAUACCGAAAUACAAGCAUUAAAGAAACAGGUAACAGGGUUGAAUGACGAGGAUGUUAAGUCCCUUCACCGGCAGCGGCGUCAUCUCGAAACACAACGACAGCGGCUCUACAAGGAUGAAUUAGCCCGCCUACGACUAGAUCAACCUCGCCGGCCAGAAUUGACAGCCGAUAACGUUAAACAAACAACUUUUUACUACACGCGAAAAGUUAUGCCAGAGCGUGAUUUGCUAGCGGAAAUUCUCCCUCACACCGCCGAGUUACGCAGUCCCACUGGACGCAUGGCACUCCGUGCCCUGGAGGCCAUCUGCUCUCAAAUGGGUACUGUUUAUUACCUAUCAAGCAUUGCACCCGUGGAUGGGAAGUGUCUCUGUGAUGAACCUAUUGAAAAAUAUCACCCCCACCGACGGUGGUUGCAUCUGUAUCGCUGCUAUGCGAAAAAGCUUGCCGCGAUGGGUAAUGACAACUUUGCGGAACUUUGUGUCGACUGCGAUCUAUGGUAUAACGACAUUGAAAAGUGGACCAGGCAUUGCGAAGAACAUCUCGGUGACAGUUCUACGUUGCUUCGUUGCGACCCAAUUGUGUUUCGUAAUGCUCCUGUUAAAGCUGGUCUCUGUCCAUUCUGCCUGGGAGAGGAGAUUAUGGGCCCUCGUAAACGGAUGACACAGUAUCUUGAUCGCAGCGAUUGGUAUAACCAUAUCCAGUCGCAUCUCAGCCACAAAGCCCUGUUAGGGAUGUUUCACUGUCGUCAUCCCGCUUGCCAGGAAGACUUUCAAAGCCUGGCAGAUCUGGAAAGCCACCUCCGUGAUGUACACUGUUAUAACCCCCCACGCGGGAUGAAACGAGCCAUGCGGUCCAGCAAGUAG